GACUAUUCCUUUUUUUUUUCUUCUUUUUCUUUUCGUUGAAUUAUUCCCAUCCCCUGUUCCGUCUUCAUCUCUCCGCAAUCCCCCUGUAUUUUCUCUCUUCCCUUCUUCACUGCCGCCGCUGGAAGCCCUAUCCUCUGCAGCCGCGGCGGUUCCACGCUCCAUCUCUAUCACCUUGAACGGCGGAACAUGGUUGCUCUCCUCUCGUCUCCUCUGUUCGGCGUGGCCGAAUUCGAGCCGGAUCUCUCUGCCUCAUCAUCUCUGUUAUUGCUCGCUGCGGUGAGUUUGUGAUUCAAAUAUUUGUUUUGAUCUUCUUAAGGGGCUGGUGAGGCUUUGGAUACCCACAAAGUUACCAUCUUUUCUCGUUUCAUCAUCAGAUCUAAGCCAGGGUUUGAUUUUUCUAUACUGUUCGUGUCUAUUACCAAUGGGGGGGUGUUGGUUCCGUGUCUAGAUCCAUACAUAACUCUUUUUUCCUUCUCUGGUUUUGUCUUUUCAGGCUGGCGAUCGGCGACUGCAACUCUCUGUCUCUCGCUGUACGUUCUUUGAAUCAUUUGCCUUCAAUUCUUCAUUCCAGUUACCCGAAAUUGAGAGAUUGAAUCGUUGUCUUUACUGGAUUUGGAAUGAACUGUUGGCUUCCCUGUCCUUUUGUUCUUCUCGCAGUUAACCUUAUCGGUCUUGUUUCGUACAUUUUUCCUACUUGACUCGAGAUUUGGUGUAACUGUACAGCCUGUUAGCCUGUGUUCUUGUUAUUUUCCUGGUAGAUUGCGCCCAGGUCUCUAGUUAUUUUCCUGUGUUCUUGUUAUUUUCCUGUCUUCUCGUAUCAACCCCAAGCAGUUUAACUUGAGCUAAGGAAUUGUGCUCCUCUAUUAUGUUGAGAUCCCUUCUUAACUGCUACUUUUAAUGACAUUUUUUGUGUGUGAUUUGCAGGUCUUGCUAUCAAUGAUAUUUGGCAAUGCAUAAGGUCCCCAAUAAGCACGAUUGCAUCAAUGGCUUUUCUUCUUCUGGCUGCUGGAGCUAAAUGCAAGAGGAAGUCACCUCCGAAUCCAAAAAUAAUGAUCCAUCAACCACCUGAUGGGUACAGUGGGCAAGCUAAGAAUAUGACGAUCCACACGAAGUAGAUACUUCUCUGUUCUAUCUUCCUCUCUCAGCAGCCGUUCCCUUGCAUUUCUUUCUCUCCCCUUCCUCACAGCUGCUGCUGGAAGGCCUUUCCUCUGCGGUUGCAGCUGUUCCAGUCUCCAUUUCUAUUACCUUGAACGGUGGAGUAUGGUGGCUCUCCUCUCGUCUCCUCUAUUCGGCAUGUCUGAACUCGAGCUGGAUCUCUCUGCCUCACCCUCUCUGUUAUUGCUGGGGCUGGCAAUCGGCGAGUCCUUCCGGCGAACACUACUCUUCCUCGAGUCCGAGAAUCAUUCAAAGCCUAUCCACAUGCAUCAAAACUCUCCCGGUGGCCCAGCCACCGCUGCUCUCCUAGGCCAAGCUGCAUCCAUGGCUUCUCUUCGUCUGGCUGCUGGAGCUAAAGGCAGAGGAAGUCACUUCCGAAUGCAACAACAAUGGUCCAUUAACCACCUGGUGGAUACAGUGGGCAAGCUAACAAUAUGAAGAUCCAGAUGAAAUAAAUAAUUCGGUUUUUGAUGCAUCGAAUGAGCUGUACUCAAAGCUUGCCGGACAAACUGUUGAUAUCAUCCAGAAGAACAAGACAGAGAUUACUUUAUGACCCCUAAAUGCAAGGUAAACACUUAUAGCAUUCUUCCAUCACAGAAAUCAGAAAUGCAUUUCCAUAGUUCAAACAUAAAACAUCCAUAGCUCUUAAUGACACUCGCCACACAGAAAUGCAUUUCCAUAGUUCAAACAUAAAACAUCCAUAGCUCUUAAUGACACUUGCUCAUCUUGUUAAGUAUCAAUCUGUUCACAAGACCUAAUUAUUUACUAAGUAGAUGAUGAGCUAGUGAGGUCUCCCAGAUGCUCAUUUUUUCUUCAAUGCUUGUGUGAUUGCCUGGACUUCCUUCUUUGCCUCUCUUGUUGUUGGCUCCGGCUUCUUGGUGCACACCUUUUCAUGUUCGCUGUUGGUUCCAAUCCUAUACUUCUUUUUGCACUCUCUGCAUGUCACACUCACACCCAGCCUGUGUACCAAACUCUACUAAUUUCAGUAAGAAUUUGAAAACAGAGCAAUGGAAUCAACCGUUUAAACAGUAAGAAUCAAGCAAUCAGUAUCAUAAAAUGGUCAAAAUGGAGCAGUCCCAAACGAACCACAAUCUGGCAAACAUGUACUCUCGGUAAUCACCCAGUGGGGGACCUUUCAGUAAAGGCAAUCAGGUAGGAACACUUGGAAAGUUCUGUGAAUCUAGCUAAUUAUAGAUUCGCUUUCAAAUUUCUAACUGAACGAACAGCGGCUAUUCCGCCAUCAACAACGAAAAUAGUAAUCAAUGUCGUAAGCGGGGAGCCGUUCAGCAAGUCAAUCAGGUCGGAACACUUGGAUGGUUCUGAGAUUCGAGCUAAUGAUGGAUUCGCUUUCCAAUUUCUAACCGAACGAACAGCGGCUAUUCCGCCAUCAACAACGAAAAUAGUAAUUAAUGUCGUCGAAGCAACCAACCAGUAGGGAAUCGAUCAGAAAAAAGGCAAUCAGUAUUAUAUAUACAUAUCAGCAGAAGUGAUUCCCCACGCGAACAAUGAAAUUACAUGAAUGGAACUCGCAUUCCCCACACGAACAAUGUAAUUACAGUAACGGAACUCAAGCCGAAGCAGACGAGGGGUACUAACCCUUUGUUCGAUUUGUCCUUCCCCAUUUCACCAUCUCUGGACUCCGAUGAGGUUUCCUUGGACUGCUUGCGCUUGAGGCUGGGCUGCUGGUUACAGGGAUUUUCUUAGGGAUGCUGGUGAUAGGGUUUUCCUAAGGUUUUGAGGGUUUAUAUAGGGAGAGUAUUAGGCCCAUGGGUAUUUUACUACCCAACCCAAUUGGGUUGGGUAUGAAAUCCAAAUAGAUAGUAUAUGUGUAGAGUUUGAUGGGUUUGUAUCCAUAUCCAUUUAUUUAGGUUGGGUUUGUACCCAUACCCAUUUAUUAGGGUUGCAUUUGUACUCAUGCCCAAAUGUAAAGUGCAGUUUGGUGCCUCAACUUAAUAGAUAUACAUAUUUAGUAUAAUUUUUUUUGCAUACCAGUCAUCAAAUUUUAAUGGAAAAUUAUAUUUUACUAUCUAACUUUUUUGGUCUUACAUUUUGGUACCUUAACUUUUCAAGUUUUUACAAAUAGGUCCAAUUUUUUUAUGCGUAGUUAAAACAAUCAUGUAAAUGGAUAUCCAUAUCCAAACUAUACUCAUUUAGAUUAUGGAAGCAAUAUCCAUACCUUAUCCAAACCCAUAUAGACCUCAUCCAUACCCUACCAAUUAUCAAUGGGCCAACUUGGAUUUAGGUAUAAUUACCUAUGGGUGGGUAAUUGCCAUCCCUAGAGAGGAUACAAUACACCCAUUCGUUUGAUGAGAAAUAAAAAGGAAUAUCGAAA